AUGACGAAAAAUGUGAAGGGCCAAAGCAACUGCAACACGGUUCUAAACAAUUACGAAUUGGAAUAUUUGAAAUAUAAUAAAAUUCCUAUGCAAAAUAUCCUGUGUGUCGAGGAAAGCAGAUUUUAUUAUAACUAUCUGAUCAAUUUCUACAAUGGCCGCUAUUUCUUGAGAGGUUUAAGACACAUUUGGGACUAUCGUGUUUACAUUGACAUUUUGCCAUACAUUGACGAGAUCACAAGGCACGCAAAAGAUGUAUAUGCUCUACGCCCGAUCCCGCAGACGAAACAACCGAAAGGAUACGACACGCCAUACAACUUCAGUUUUCCAGCCUGUGGAUGGAAAAUGACGUUAACAAGAACAAGGCGAUAUGGGGGUCCUUAUUUCGCUCGAGGCGGAUUAAUAGCAAGACAUGAAUUUCCUUGGCAUGUUUUUAUUGAGAAAGAGCAGGUAAAGGAGUAUAUCUGUGGCGGCACAUUGAUUUCGCCGACAGCAGUUUUGACUGCUGCACAUUGCAUUUAUGGAUCAGAAGCAGAGGAGUUCAGAGUUUCAAUUGGGCUGUAUGAUAAAAGAGAAAGAACAGCUUAUAGUGUUCAGACAAGAAAGCUUAGCAGUCUGAUCGUGCACCCGAAAUAUAACCCUCCGGAAUUCUACAGUGACGUCGGAAUCAUGAUUUUGAACGAAAAAAUUAAUAUAACCGACCAAGUCCGACCAAUUUGCUUGUGGAACGAGGACUCUAACUUGGCUCGCGUGGCUGGAACUGAAGCUGUGGCGGUUGGGUUCGGGCUUGAUGACAACUACGCGCGCCCAGAUGAACUUCAAGAGGUUCGACUGCCGAUUAGAGAUCACAAAGAGUGCUACCUGUCGAAUAGGAAGUUUUUUGGGAAAUAUUUGGUGCCGGGAGACAACUUUUGCGCCGGCUACAUGAAUGGAAUAACCACCUGCAACGGGGACAGCGGAGGCAGCCUCUCAGUGGAAAAAGACGGCCGUUGGUUCAUCAGGGGAAUAGUCAGCUUUGGAAAAUCGAAAAAAGUGAUUUCGGAGGAGGGCGAAGAAAGAUCGUUGUGUGACGUGAAUCAAUAUACAUUGUUCGCUGACGUCGCAAGUUACGUGGACUGGAUCGUGGAAAAUACGCCGGAAAUUUCAUUCCGAAAUUAAAUAAAAAAGACAUUUAUUUUUGACGAAUAAUUCAAAUCGUCUCUAAAAAUUACACGCCGCUAAUCCAUAUCAGCGCCUCCGUGUACACUUCAGGGCACAUCAAAGCAAUAAAAAAGGUUUUG